AAGUUAGCCACAGUUAACACAGUUAAACUGUGGCUAACUGUGGCUAACAUGACGCGGUUUUAAUCAAACUAAUUUCACGAAUGAUUUUGAAAAUAAUUUAAUAUGUUUUGAUUUUCUACUGAUUCUGCCUUGCUACAUUUUAUUUUCACUUUUCUGUGUCAAACUGUGCAAAAAUGCCCACAAUGAGCUUUCCAGUGGUGUCUUAAUUUGAAGAGUUAGACGGAUGUCUCGCUUUCUUUGCUAACUUGACUCUAUAUUGAACCGUGUGAAGAGAGCAGCUCCGCUGAUGUAAACUUUCCAUUUGACUUGAAUGAUAUUCAGCGUUCAGCCAUUCUAACGAAGAAGUUGUCGCUGUGAGCAUGGCGGAGCGGGAGGAGCGCCGCUUCGCCGAGAUUUCCCGAGAAUCUGUCAAACUCAUGGCCGAGAGUGCAGGCGUGGAGCUCGGCGACGAUGUGGCCGGUCUGCUGGCUGAGGACGUGUGUUACCGGCUCAGGGAGGCGACACAGAGCAGCUCACAGUUCAUGAGACAUGCCAAGAGGAGGAAGCUGACAGUGGAGGACUUCAGCAGAGCUCUGCACUGGAGCAAUGUGGAGGCCAUUUGUGGUUAUGGGGCCCAGGAUGCUCUGCCUUUUCGUUCAGUGAAAGAAGGAGAGUUUUUCUUCAUUGAGGAUCGAGACAUCAACCUGGUGGAGUUGGCUCUGGCCACCAAUAUUCCCAAAGGCUGUGCUGAGACCAUGGUACGAGUGAACGUGUCAUACCUGGAUGGGAAAGGCAACCUGGAGCCUCAAGGGACUGUUCCCACAGCAGUGCAGUCUCUAUCAGAUGACAUGUUGAAGUACUACCAGCAGAUCACACGGGCCAUACUGGGAGAGGACCCCCACCUCAUGAAGGUAGCUCUGCUGGACCUGCAGUCUAAUUCCAAGAUUGCUGCCUUGCUACCUUAUUUUGUUUAUGUCAUCAGUGGGGUGAAAUCAGUUAGCCAUGACCUGGAGCAACUCAACAGACUCCUCCACAUGGUGAAAAGCCUGGUCCAGAACCCCUACCUGUACCUGGGCUCAUAUGUCCGGAGCCUGGUCUCCAGCGUCAUGUACUGCAUCUUAGAGCCACUAGCUGCUUCCAUCAACCCCCUUAACGACCACUGGACCCUCAGGGACUAUGCUGCCCUGCUCCUCAGCCAUAUCUUCUGGACUCAUGGUGACCUGGUGAGUGGUCUCUACCAUCAGAUCCUGCUGUCGCUCCAGAAGGUUCUGUCUGAUCCAGUAAGGCCUCUUUGCUCCCACUAUGGAGCUGUGGUGGGGCUUCACGCUCUGGGAUGGAAAGCUGUUGAGAGAGUUCUCUUUCCACACCUUCCUGCCUACUGGGCCAACCUCCAGGCUGUGUUAGAUGACUACUCUGUUUCCAAUGCUCAGGUUAAAGCAGAUGGACAUAAGGUCUAUGGAGCCAUUCUGGUGGCAGUAGAGCGCCUGCUGAAGAUGAAGGCUCUGUCCCUGUCUCAGCCAGCAGAGGGAGGCUCCAGCAGUCAGACAGGCUCUGUGCUGGGUGCUAUGGGAUACAGAGUGAGCUCCCCUGGCCUCAGCCCCCCUCCAGAGCCUCUGUCAGAAGCCACUCUAGGGAUUGCCAGCCACCUCCAGGCGGGAGGGGCGGGUUGUCCCUGGGAGGAGUGGAGCCCAGUCCCUCUACCCGCCAUGUACAGUGAGCUCUACUCCUUCUUUGGAGACAGCCUGGCUGUCAGGUUUAGUACUGGACCAGGGUUUGGCAGCUACCCCUCUUGCACCCCAUCCCAGCUCAGUGAUGCCAGGAAGGAACCUCCUGGACCCACAUCCAACCCUGACACCACCCGUAAGAUGCCACAGCUGACUGCCAACCUCAACAUCAGCCCCAGGCAUGACGGGAGCCCUCGCACUGACCCACCCCCACCCAGCCUGGCUGCUACAGGGUCAGGAAGGUCCCUGACUCGCUCCUCCUCCUCCUCCGCCUCAGUGCAGCGGUCCAGAUCUUCCUUGUCACGCUCAGGUCAGCGCUCGGCAGGUCUGUCACGUGACGUUUUCCCCAAAGCUCGCUUCACCUCUCCUCAGACCGGACCCCCGGCGUUCUCCUUUCUCAUUGGUGGGCGACAAAUGGGCCGUCGUUGCCAAGGCCGCCGCCCAUUCCAGACCACUUUUGUCCCAACUCCACCUCUCUCUGCCAUCCCAUCACGUGCCUACGCCCACAAAUUGCCUGUCAUUGGCAGGGUGGGUAAACCUGUGCACCGCUGGGCAUGUUCCCAUUACUCUCUUCACCUGCCUUUAUAGAGAAGAGGGUCCCAGGGACCAGAAACUGACUUCAGACUGCUUUACUACAAAGUGGAGUUUGACUGCUACAGACCUUUAAGGGCUCAUAUUCAUAUUUUUCAUCUUGAACUCCCAGUAAUUAGUCUUCUGCGAUGAUAUUUUCAUAGUUGGAAGUAAGGAUUCUGUUUUAACGUCAUGUUGGAGAACAACAAUCAGACAACACUCCACUGAGGCAGCAAAGGUCUUUAUGCUCAGUUCAACUGCUCUAAGGCCACAAUGUAUAGUCAUUAAUAAUGUACUUUGGUAACUCCAGACUCCGAUAGAAAGCUCUGAAAGCAGCUCAGACUGCACCUGUUGUCACAGGGAUUGUUUCAUUUUUCUGCUAAAAAUCUUAAGUCAUCAGAAUUAUUUCAAAGAUGCUACAAUGAAACAAUUCUACACAUAUUAAUAUGAAGUUGUUGAGGCUACCUGUGUGUGCAGGGUAACAAGUAAAAUGUGGCUAACCAGGCUUUAUCAACCCAUGUUUUGGUUACCUGUACAGCUCAACACACUACAGCCUAGGAUUUUCAUCUUUGACAUUUAGCAAAAAACUACAAAUAAAUAUAAAAGACAAGAUAGUCAUGUUCAAUCAUCAGUGAUGAAUGGCUGAAAUCUUCAUUAGUGUUCCUGUAAGUUCCCCAUUGUUCUGUAAAGCUGUGGUGUUAUUGUAUGUGUUUGUAUUUUCUCUGUCUGUAGUGCAUUUCUUUAGAUGGCACAUGAGUUUUCACUUUGGUAAAUGUUUGCUUUUUUCACUCAAACUGUAGUUUGUAACUGAAACUGUUUUGUCUGUACCAUUGUCUAUUCUUCAGUUAUAAUACAUUGAGCUUGGUCA